AUGUCGGCAGACACAUCAGACUCCUUCUGCACCAUCGAACCCAACCCAGAUGUCACCGGCACAGGCAUCCGCGUUUCCAUCUACGCUCUCUGUCUUGCGGCUGGUAUACUGAAGACAGUCAUCCAGCACGUCACAAGCGCCGAGAACUAUGCCGAGUUCUGCCAAGCGCUCAACUCGGCUCUGCAGCUCCAGGGCCUCGCGCUGCUCUGCACCGCCAUCGUGCAGACGUUCCAGGCACAGCUGACGCUCUUCCACGCGCUGUGCGUUCUGCACCUGCUGUCGCUCCUGGGAUUCGGCCUGGUCGCGCAGCGCAAAUACCAUGACGGCGGCGGCUUCAACCGCUGGCUCGUCCUGGCCUUCCUCCGCGUGAUCAUCGCCGGCGCCUUCGUGGCCCUCACGGCGUACAUCUGGGUCACGGCGCCGACGUUCGGUGCGCAGCCGGAGUGCAAUGCCGAUACCGUCUACGUCGUCUUUGGUGUCAGCAUCCCCGCCACGUCCCCCAUCUUCCGCUACGUGAUCCUGGGGCUCAUGGCCUCCAUGGCCGUCGGCUGGGUCCUGAGCAUGGUGUUCACGGUCUUCUUCGCGUCGUGCUGCUGCGACGGCGGCGCCCGGGGCACGGCGAAGCGCAUGCGUCACGCCAACCCUGAUGUCGCCGUCCUUAAGAAUGUGUGGGCGCGCGUCAGGAUUACGGACCAGCGCCACCGGGGCAGCAUCGUGAGCGGGCAGGUGAUCCAGAUGCUCGUGCACACGGGGAUCAACAUCUACAUGAUCGUCACGCUCGAGCAGAUCGUCGAGAGGAACCACCUGAGCGAGGACGAGGCCAAGUGGACGUUUGGCCAGGUCUUGGCCCUGUUCGUGCUCCUGGGCGUCGUCGUCGAGGUCGUGAACAUCUUGCUGCCCAAGUUGGACCAGGUGGACAGCGAGAGCGAGAAUGGCGACGUUGAGUUGGUAAAUAGAGUAGAAGGCGUGAGGCAGCCGAGGUUAUUGGGUGUGUAGCCAUCUGGAUGAUGAUGAAAAUAGUCGAUCAUACACAUCGCUGACCUGGAAAUUCGCCGAGCCUGUAAUCGAUUUUGACUGGGCCUUCACCGUCCGGGGACCCCUUAGUCGUUGUGGCAUCCAUAGUAUCUAGCGUUGAAAUUGUUAAGGACACUUCGCCGAUCUGGACGGCCACUUGAUCGGUACCCCUAAAGUGACCAGGAACCAGAUUAUCAUCGCAUCUUUUCACGACAUGUCCUGUGCAGGUCGAGUCAGAAAAGCUCCCGGUGAUAUAUACCGCGACAAACAUGACCUCGUCAUC